UGUUUGGCGACUAGGUACGGAUGUGUAAGGGUCAAUUAGGCCCUAAUACAAUUGAAGUGAUUAUAGAUUGGAAAUAAGUUAUCAAAUCUCCUUGGUGUAGCGGACUUAGAAUAACUAGUUCUGUUCUUUAAAAUUCCUUUUAACGCCUCUUUUAGUCUAGAAAUAAAAACAUUUUUAUUUGAUUUUGUUUUGUUCCACGACGCUUUCGUCUCUCGGUUACGUUCAGUUACGAGAAUUUUUAAGAUUUUAGUUCUUUUUAUCUGGUUUUUAAGGUUGCUACGCAGAAACAAUGAGGUCAUUGCUUUAGCGCUGUUUGUGGCUUUGAGCACCGCUGCACCACGCAAACGGCACAACCACAUCAAGAUCCCAAGGGAGUGUCAAAACAGUAAGUUUUGCUCUAUCCGGCCAGACGGAUAUGACGAAAUCGAGCGCAGGGUUAAUCGACACUUAUCACCUUAUAUGAUUGGGAACUCUCAGGAAAGAUAUGGACCAAUACCUACAACUGAAAGAAUUGAAACUAACGAUGAUAACUGCCCCAGCAUAAGAUCGCGGCAAUCUUAUUACACCAUAAGGGAGGAGAAUGCAACAACGGUGCAAAUUAUAGUCCAAACUAGCAAUUUUCGUCAAACACUUGAAGUUGUCGAAUGCGAAAGGGAGAAGAUCGAACAGAGACCCAGCGACAGGCAGUGUUUCGAGAACUUGGGCCUCCACAGCUUCUCCAUGAGAGCCACUUGCGAGGAGACCACAGCCACACGCAGUCUUCUCGUUUACGACCCCCUCAAAGAUCAGGUUAUGGAGAAGAACUACACGAUCUCCGUUUGCUGUUCCUGUAGAGUUACACAUAAAUAAUAAUAGUAUUUAGAUAGGUUGCAACAAUAGGGUUUUUGACAAAAUAAUUCUGAUUAGUCCGGCGGACAG